AUGGUCUUCCAGCUGCCAUGGAAAUCUUCCGGAGACAAUGUCAAACCCGCAGAAGAAUCAACGCUCUCCCUGGCGUCAGCUUCCGGUUCGCCAGAUCUACGUCGUGAAGUGGAACAACACGCUGUGGAAGAGUCUACGCGUCGGUCGGAUCCCAUUUCCUUUCUGUAUUCUCUGGAGAGCACAAUACCCCAUGCCGAGCUAUUGACGACACCGUAUGUAGCGGUAGCAUUCAUUACAGGCAUUGCCGCGGGUGCUUGUGGCGUUUUCAUAUGGAAUAGAUGGUUGAGGAGGAUUAGGACAGCAGAAUGGGUGACGCCAGAUAUCAUCACUCGCAGAAGAUGGGUGAAAGGCAUCGUUACGAGUGUGGGAGAUGCGGACAACUUUCGAUUAUACCACACGCCUGGCAUUGGAUGGCGCUGGUUUAGAAGAGUGCCGUCAUCGGCCAAAGAUCUCAAAGAUCAGACAAUCCAUAUCCGUAUUGCAGGCGUAGACGCCCCGGAGUGUGGCCAUUUUGGUCGACCUGCACAACCCCACGCCGAAGAAAGCCUCUCGUGGCUGAAAAAUCGCCUCGAGGGCAGAUCGGUUUAUUGUCAACUUGUCCGAAAGGAUCAGUAUGGUCGUGUAGUCGCGGUUCCUGUCGUACCCCGGCGUUUUCUGCCCUCCUUCCUUGGAAAACGGUGGGCCAGUCCCCUCGCUCUAGAAAUGCUGCGGGCCGGCACUGUUACGACUUACGAGCAAGCAGGAGCUGAAUAUGGCCCCUGGAGUCGAGAAGCUUUUCUUCGUGUUGAAGCCAAGGCAAGAGCUGCAAGACGAGGUAUGUGGAAAUCCGGUGGUGGGGGUGAAACACCGGCAGAAUACAAGAGACGUCACGCAUCAACACCUCCCUCUAGCGAAUGA